CUUUUUUGACAUAACAUGGAUAAUUUGUCGGUGCAUGACAUAAACCUGCCUUCUUUGCGAACCGAUGUUUGCCUGCAGUGGGAUAGACCCCGAGGAAAAGGGUCAAAGAAGAUGAGGCAUUUCCAACGAUUCCUCUUGGUUGCUGUGCUCGUUAAUGUACUCGAGCUGGGAAUUUGCAAACGGUGGCCAAUCUUUAAGAAAGUUAAGGCAUUGACGUUUAACACGGGGCUUACAGGUGUGGUGGAAAUGAAGAACCCGGGCCACGACACUAGUCGAGCCGACAGGCGGGCGGCAAUCAUAGACGCCAUUCGGGUUGAGGAGGCCGACAUCGUUUGCUUACAGGAGGUCAUGAUCGGAAAAGACAUCGAAGCGAUCGUGACUGGUCUACAAGACAUCUAUCCGCAUUCUCACAGCAGCCUGCAUCUGUUCGACGGCACACUUCCGUCACAAUCAGCGACGCCUGUCGUUCCGCCAUGUCCGAACCAGCAGACAACCGCUCUUCUCCAAUGCUUCAUAGCCAACUGUACGACAAAUUUUACGGGCAAUUUUGCGGAGGCCAGUGAUUUCCUAGCCUGUGUGUCCGUCAGCUGCUUGGCGGCUUUCCAAUCGCUCGUGAUCAUUGGCGGUGAGAAGUGUCUUGACUGCAUACUGAACCAGAUUCAGGACCCAAGCAAAAUCGUUCUCAAUUGCGCCCCCUCCACUCUUACAAGUCCACUGGGGACCAUGAACACCAACGGGCUGCUGAUGCUGUCAAAACAUAAGUUUACCUCCAGACGAACCGUUGACUUCUACCCGAACACCAUUGAGCUGUUUGUUCGUGGGUAUUUGGAAGCAAAGGUUGAAGACCGAGUCACAGCCGUGUGCACACACCUAUUUCCUUACGUCUCCGGAAUCAAUCCCGAACCUUUUAUGCAGAGCUUCUUUAACACAUCCAUCGAGCAAAAUGCCUACGAGAUAGGUCAGCUCAUCUCGCAGUUCCGCGACGUCAAACCGGCGGUAUUGAUGGGGGAUUUUAAUGUCAAUGGUCGCUCUACAUCGGCAGGCAGCGGUUAUGACCAUUUCCUGCGACUCACCUCUGCGUUUAACACGGAUGUUUCGGACGGCUGCUCCUUCUGUAGGGUUCCUGGCAACGUUUAUAACUUAAACGACGAACCCUCCGACACGGUCAUUGAUUUCGUGUUCGGAAAUGGUCUCUGGAUCUUCAACACUCAGCGCGUUUUCACCCCCGACAGAGUAUCCAUACAGCACAAAGGUCAGGCUGUACCACUCAGCGAUCAUUAUGGAAUCACCGGGGAAUUCUUUGUCUUGCCGAGUGGUUGGAAUAACUAAGGGUAGAACUAAAUAUAGAGUGUUUUGAAAUCAUCAUUAAAGAAGUCUUUCAAAUAUUUAUAAAUUACACCUUACUAUAACGGGUGUUCGUGGCUGUAUAACAUUGGAUUAAAACCGUAUGACAAUUAA